UCGCAUUGAAGGUGUAUAGAAAUUAAUAUUAACCAUGCCACUUAAUAUACUGAGGAGCUUUAUAAUGUACUUUUCCCAUUUAGUGUUUGUGAUUCCCCAAGUUUACAUUUGGUGACUUGAUCCAAUUGAUGGAUUUUGGAGGAAAAUCAUCUUUUGGCCCUCGUGAAUUUAAGAAAUGGUGAGAUUCCUGAAAUGCAUGCAUAAACGCCCCAUUUAUGCGUGUGUGUAAAAGAGAGGGGUCUUGUGGGAAGCCAAGUCGUCACACGUUUAUCAGUCAGAGAAAGUGAACAGAGAGCGUGAUGAGGGAAGAUAGUAGUUGGAUGACUUGUGGUUGACGGAAGGGAGAUAGAAAGAGGAACAGUGUGACGAAAUAGAAAGCUUCGCUGGAAGAACAUUAUGUUGGAAGAAUCCUGACCAAACGGACACAAAAGAGAAAAGAAAGAAGAAGAAGAACAGGAUGGACGAGAACCCAGCUGUUGGUCAGGAAAUGGUCACAACGCCAGAGGAACAGCCUCAACCACAUCCAUUGGUCUGCAACAAGUACCGCAGGAUCCUAUUGGUUGGUUUUGCCUUUUCUCUCUUCGCAGCUGCGUUAGGUUUGGGAGUCUAUUCCCACCUGCAAAAGACUGCAGACCCCUGGACGUCACAAUGGAAAUCAGCUGGUCCUCCUUGCCUUUCUCCCGCCUGUCUAAGAGCAUCACAGCUUUUUUCUGUUGCCAUGGAUCCCUUUUCUCACCCCUGUGACUACUUCCUGUUUGCCUGUGGGACAGGUGGAUCUUACGCCAGCGAAGAGAGCCACAGUAUCAAGAGGGUCUUCAAUGAAGACAACACAGAACUAGACAAAAAAAGAGAAGCGAGGACAGGAGGAAUAGUGAGGAUGAGAAGAGAGACCGAUUUCCAAGGAGAAAGUGAUGGGCGUCAAGUCAAAUUUCCAGACAGAAAGUCUGCUUUACUGAAAACUAUUAAGGAAAUACUAGAGGCUCCUGAGGAGGGCGUUUCUGGGAAUGCUGCAGAACAGAAAGCAAAGAAAUACUUCAAAACCUGCAUGGAUGCAGAAUCUCCAGAGAAAGUGGGCUCAAAACCCUUCCUCACAUUAAUCGAGCAGUUAGGUGGCUGGGCAGUCUCAAAAGGGAUGAAUCGGACAGAUUUUAACUCUACCCUCGCCCUGCUAAUGGGCCAGUACUCCACAUUUCCUUUCUUCAGUGUGUAUGCAGGGUCAGACUCUGGUGAAGAGCAAGCGGCUUCCAGUCAACACUACAUACAGAUUGAUGAGCCAUAUUUUCAAUUUCCUAUUGACUGGAAUAGCAAGACACAGAAAUCCAAAGCUAGUACUCGGUAUUUGCGCCCAUUCUACAUGUCUUGUGGUCAGUACUUGGCUCUCUUGGGUGUACCCUCCAAUGAAACCACUCAGCACUGCGGUCUUUACAUAUCUCUGUCCACAACUCUGGCUCUGGGCACGUCCCCUCUCAGCUACCGCCUCAGUCAGAAGUUACUCUACCACAGAAUUACCAUCCAAGAGCUACAGACUCUGGCUCCAGCCAUUGAUUGGCUUGCUUGCCUACAAGCCACAUUUCAGCCUCUUCCUAUCAACCAAUCAGAUCUUGUUUUAGUCCACAAUCUCCCGUACAUUAUGCAAAUGUCCCAGACAAUCAGUAAAUGGCAAAUCCAGCAUGAGAUGAUGGGCACCCGUCCACUUCAUACAUACAUGAUCUUUAGUCUUUUGCACACACUCAUUCCCGCUCUGGACUCGAGGUUCUUCCAAACAAUGAGAAACUUUUCCAUCGCAACUGGAGACACACAAGAGGAGAUCCCACGCUGGUUGCGAUGCAUUCAGCAGACGGAGCGAGGGUUUGACGCUCUACUCAGUCAUGCAAUUAAAGAAAGACACGCACAGAACGAGGCUGAGGAGCUGAUUCAUGAUGUUUAUUUGUCCCUCAAGAAGAAACUAACAGGUUUGAGCUGGAGGGACGACAGAUCAUCAGCCUUUAUUUUGAAUAAGACUAAAUCUCUUAAUCCAAGACUCUCCACUAAAACAAAUAACCUCAGUCAUGCAGAACUCAACCAUCUCUAUGCAGAGGUGGUUUUGAGCGAGGAGGAUUUUUUCUCCAACUAUCUGCAGAUGCUGGCGCUGGAGCAGAAGAGCAGGAGCAGACUGCUCUCACACGGCACACAGACUGAAGGUUUGUCUAUCACUCCAUCCAUCUCUGGUAAUGACAUCAUCAUCCCUGUUGGAAUGUUCGUGUCGCCCUUCUUCCAUUCCUCAUAUCCCAGGGCACUGAAUUAUGGCACACUGGGAUCUCUGAUGGCUAAAGAUCUUCUCCACCUUCUGCUCCCUGAUAUCCACAUGCAGGCCAACAAUCCAGGGUCCGAGAGCAUGUGCAUAUGGACUCAUUAUCUGAGUGUGACCAAGGAUCCAGGACGGGUCGGCACAUUCUCUCUUUCCCCCUUUGAACAGCAGGAGGUUUGGGUGCAGUACACUGCUCUACAAGUGGCGCUGGAUGCCUAUAAGAUGAGUUUCACAAGGCAUCCGGAAGACUCAUCUCUAUCAGGCCUCUCUUACAUUCACCUGUUCCUCUCUUCCUUUACAAAGGUAUCGUGUGAUGCUGACUCCUAUCAUGAGUUCAUGCCCUUUGAACCUUCCUUCCUGGUGACAGUCCUGUGUUCAAACUCCAGCUUCUGCCCCAAACCGCUGACCUGUGUGAAUAAAUCUCAGAGUUUUCCUCGAGAGAUGUGUCAGAGUCGGACGCUGCACUGAAUCGUGUCUGCUGAGACCUUUUGGAGCUUGUUUUGGACUAUUGAACCAUUGGAGCUGCUCACUGUUUAGUAAAAGAAGAUCAUUCUAGAGAUCAUAAAACUUUUUAUAUUUACUUGUUAAAUAAUGGGUUUAGUAAACAUACAUUUAAGCAAUAUCAUCACAUUUGAUAAGUCAUGUACAGUAUGAUGAACAGUUAAAACCUGCUUGUUUCUCUCACAGCACUUAGAAAAUGUACCAUGCUUUUACUAUAGUAUUGAAUUUGGGGGGAAAUGUUGAUUCAUAAAAAUAUAUAUAUUUUUGGGAAGGGAGGGAAUUAAUAAUAUUUUUUUCAUAGUUUGUUUACAAUGUCACACUGGUUUACAUGUGGUUACUAUUAAAAGCCACAGUUAAACUGGUUACUGUCUGAAUGUAUCAUGAAUGCCACUUUUAGAUUUGAAAUGUAUUAUAUUUGGAUGAAACAUAAAAAAAAGUAUUUUUUGCA